GUAUCUCCGUGAGUGAAACUGUCUGAACAGGUUGUUGUUUGAAUUUCGUAAAGUGUGUAGUCAUAUCUGCGAAGGCAGUGUGUUGCAUGUGUGUUGUGUUUAUAGAAACGUUUUUGAGAAGUGACAUACUUCGUGGUGUUUCGACACGGCCUGCUUCCCGGACGAAGUCGUACCGAAAAUGUUCACUGUUUUCUUCGUCUGCAAAGAGUAAAUUACAUGGAAUAAUUAUUACCACUUCUGGGAAACUGCCAUUAUGUCAUCUGUGCUGUCCUUCUUGUGGCGCCACAAACGAAAAUUUCUGAUUGGAGGUGCCGUAAUUGGUAGUGCAGUAUUAGCAACCCGUUAUUGUGUACGUAGUAUUCUUAAUUUGCAGGAGGCCAAAGCAAGAGAGUUAAUAGAACAGUCAAAAAAGCGUCAGCACUUUGAAAAUACUGAGCGCACCUGCACUGAGACAAUCAGUUCCUUAAUUUCAUCAUUUCAUGAUUCUGUCGAUCGCAUUCUGGACAGUCAAGGAAUUGUCAACAAGCUUAAAACUUCCCCAGCCAAUAAAAUUGAGUUGUGGGAAGAACUUAAAAUUUUUGUCUUUGCUCGAGUAUGUCUUAUUGUAUAUGGCGCCGUAAUAUUAAAUAUUAUUUUACGCGUGCAAAUAAAUGUGAUUGGGGGAUAUUUGUACCGAAGUGCAACGAACAAACUUGAGUUUCCUUUGUCGGGGAGCCUGCAAGAAGAGUAUUUGUCAUUGUGCCGAAAUUUCUUAAACAAUGGAAUGGAAGAACUUGGUAACUUGAUAGUACAGAAAGUGAAGGAUGUAGUCGGCCCAGUAACUUUGGAUAAAAAAGUUGACGUUGAACAGAUACGGCGAUGGCUGUGGACUAUCCAGUCGGCUAUUGAGAUUGAGCGCAGUGAUCCAGUAUUAUGUCACCUUGGUUCAUCUUUAAAGACAACUCAGGAGGCAGAGGUUUUCCAAGAAAUGUUAAACGAUACAAUUGAUAUCAUAUCAAGUAGUGAUGUGCAUACACUGUCAUCAAAUCUAGUAUGGGAAGGAUUUCAAUAUAGUAUUGAAAGAAUCAGAGAAAGCUUUGAACCAGUGACUCAGACGCCUUUCGGUAACAAAGGUUUUCAACAAUUAUUUGUCACUAAGCCAAGGAUUGGGUUUUUUAAACCAAUGGCUAAUGCGCUCGCAAGUAUCAACAGUGUAACUCUAGCCCCAAGUUCCUCAGAUGCAUCUAACAGCUUCAUGCAUUUUCUCAUGAGUGAUGAGGGUCUGAAGAUUUUUGGAGCAAAUGUGUACGAAGCAUUCUGUGAGCCAUAAAUCUAUUUGCAUCUAAAGAUUAGAGUGAGGUUUACAAACUUAAGAAAAAAAGUGUUGUAGAUGCUGGACUACAUAGAAUCAGAGAAAACAUUGACUGAGACAUUUUUCGGUGACAAGGAGUAUCCAACACUCGUUACUUGCUAAAGCAAGUGUUGCUGCAUUUCAAAACCUAUGGCUAAAGUGCUGGCAAGUGUGAAUGGAGUAACUGUUAUGUCAAGUUCAUCAAAUGUGGAUGAAGCAUUCUGUGAGCCCCACACACAUUUUUCAUCUAGUCUUAUGUGAGAAUAUAAACUAGUGUGAGGUUUAUAGACUUCAGAAGAAAGUGUUAUAGAUGGGGAAGUACAUAAAAGGUUAGCGAAGAUUUAAAAAAAAAAUCAAAUAUGUACUUGCUUUAAACAUAUGAAUAAGAUAGCUAUUAAGUGUCUUGUGACAAAACAUGAAGUUCCUUGGGAAUGUAACAGCUCUAUGUAUGUGUCGUGAGGGUUGUGCAUGUGAGUUGCUGUAUAUGGGAUAUUUUAGGUCCUCUCUUAUGAGGUAGCUGUGAUAAAUGAAGACAAUUUUUUUGUUCUGUGUGUGGAUUGAUGUUAUCCUGGUCAAUAGCUACAAUGAGCACAGUGAGCCUAUUUUUAUUAAGGGAAGAAUUUGUUUGUGAGUGGAGAAAUUUGGAAGACAUGUAGGCUAGUGUACUUGUUUUUAUCUAAAUGUUAUUUACUUUGUAUGGAAAGUAAAGAUGGUCAAA